AUGGAUAAUCAGGUUUCAAUAAGAUUUAGAAAAACUGAGAAAAAAAAUAAAGACAUAGAUGUUUCAAAAUGGUUUAAGUUUAUUCAAGCACAUAAUAAAUAUUUAAAUAAAAGUGAUAAACAGAUAGAACAUUUUUUAAGAAACUAUACAUUUUGCAUACAAUAUGGAAAGAAAAUUGCUACUCAGAAUUUGGAAGGAUUGUAUAGUAUUUUAAUUGAAAAAAUAAAGCAUUCAUCAUAUAAUGACAGUAGAUUAGAGAUUAUUUUUAAAUUAACUGACGAAGAAAAAAAUUAUUGGUUAACAGGAUUUCCAUUUAAAUUUCAUGAAGAUAUAAUAGAGCAACCCAGUAAGGAACAAUCUAUUUAUAAGCCUACAUUUUACGAAGAAAAUUUUAAAAGUAGACAUACUCAAUUUGAAAUUGGUAAUAAAACUGGAAUUAAAAAUAUACCGGAUUUUAUAGAUAGUACAAAGAAAUCUGUUUUUGGUCUUAUUAAGAAAUGGUUAUUAAAACAUAAGUCUGUAAAAGCUCAUUUAUGUGUUAUUUGUACUUAUGAAAAAGGUGGUAUUAUAGAUGUUGUAGAAUCAGCAGUUAAAUAUUUGCAAACACCGAAUUAUGAUAUUUUUCCAGAGUCAAAUUUAGAUGAAAUAUAUAAAGAAAUGAAAGCUAAAAUAUUAUAUGAACAUGAACGUGUUUCAGAUAGUUUAAGAGGAUCACAAUGGGUGUUAAUUUCAAUUAACACUCUCAAUGUAGCCAUUAAUAAAUAUGCUCCCAUAAAGGGUAGUUCUUAUAUACCAACUCCAGUAAAAAUAGCUAACAGAAAAGCAGUUAUAAAUGUAAAAAAUGAAGAUGAUGAUAAAUGUUUUUUUAUGGUCAAUUUUGGCUCAUUUAUAUCCAGUUGA